AUGUGCUUUGAAGGGCGAGGAGCCAUUGGAAAGAUGCAGCUGAUUGCUGGACCUCUGCACUCCGGUGUUGCACGAGAACGAGCUCCUACCACCAUCCGCGCCUUGUGGGGUACUGAUGGCACCAGCAAUGCCAUUCAUACCUCAGUGGACAUGGAAUCCGCAGACAAGGAGUGCUGCGCGCCAUGGACUCCCAACCACUCCCGGAACGCCCAAACCCCGCGGGAGGAGAUCAAGGCGGUCUUCCCUGGCAGUUUGAAGUUGGAACGCACCCUCUGUUUAGUGAAGCCCGAUGCCAUCAACCACGUGGUGGCCAUUAAGACCGAGUUGGAGGCCGCAGGCUUCACUGUGCUGCGGGAGAAGCAGACCACCUUGACCGAAGAGCGCGCCAAAGAGUUCUACAGGACCUUGUCCGAUGAUCCCUCCUUCCCUGCCUUGGUGAAGGAAGCAGCCAGUGGCCCCUGCUGCGCCAUGGUGCUGUGUCGCCUGGAAGCUGUCACCGUGCUGCAGCAACUCAUGGGCGAUCCCUCGGUGCACCUGGCGCGACAGCAGCGGCCCGGCUCGCUGCGCGCGCGCUUUGGAAGGGAUGGGCAGCGGAACGCGCUGCAUGGCAGUGCGACCUUGAAGGCGGCAGUGCAGGAGAUCAAGCUCUUCUUCCCGGACAUGGGAGUGGAUCCCCUGCCGGACGACCAUGAAGUCCGCGAUUUCCUCUUCCGCAAAUCCGCCAGAGCCUCCAUGGAUUUGUCGACGCUGUCAGAUGCGCAGACAACGGACUUUACAGUGGAUCCUACCUUCCAACAGCUGGUGUCCAACAGUCUCAUCGGCCUAUGCAAGGUGAAGCCGCAGGGCUUGGAUGCCGUCAAGUGGCUGGCGAAUUGGUUGGAGGAGAACAAUCCCAAUAACCUCAGCGUGGCUCGUCCUGCAGAAGGGGCAGUAGGUCAUGUUGAGGGACCCGUGACUUUGAGCCAGGCCUCCGCAAUGUUCGACCCGCCCUCCAGAUCCAAGCAGUUCGUGGAGUACGGUGUCAAUCAGGACGGCUUGCCCUUCGUGGUGGAAGCCGCACCGACCUCGGAGCCGUCCAAGGCCGUGGUGGAAAUCAGCGACCGAGAGCUCCAGCAGCUGAAGGCCGAGGCCGAAGGCGAUCUGACCACGCCGCCCUUCGUGGUCUUCGUGGCCGGGGGACCGGGCUGUGGCAAGGGCACCCAAUGUGCCAAGCUCAGGGAGGAAUUCAACUUGAUCCACCUGAGCACCGGGGAUUUGAUGAGGGCCGAGGUGGCGAAUUCAUCGUUCUUGGGGAGUGAGAUUGAGAAACAUAUGGCAAAUGGAAGCUUAGUCCCAGAUGAGAUCGUCUUAAAGCUCCUCAAGAAGGCCAUGGUGAAGCACCAGGACACCAAUCGCUUCCUACUGGAUGGCUUCCCCCGCUCCGUGGAGCAAGCUCAAUGCUUCGAGCGGGAUAUUGCUGAGGUGUCCUUCCUUCUCUACUUGGAGGCCAGUGACGACACCAUGAAGCAACGCAUCCAGGGCCGGGCCAUCAGCCAGCCGGGCCGGGUGGACGACAACGACGAAACGGUGAAGAAACGCCUGGAUGUUUUCCACGGUCAAACCAUUCCCUUGGUGAAUUACUAUGGACCCAUUGGAAAGCUCCGCAGGGCCAACGCGGAGAAGAGCCCGGAUGAAGUCUAUGAGGAGUGCAAGCGCUUCUUCAGCUGCCGCUUCCUCUAUUUGUUGGGCCCACCAGGUGCUCCAGUGGAACAGAUGGCUGGCACCUUGGAGAAGCAGUAUGGCUAUUCCGCCAUCAAUCUCACCACCUUACUCAGGAGCUAUGCCAAUUCCAACGAACCCGAUGCGCCUGCCGUGAGGAAGUCCCUGGCCGCGGGAAAGCCGGUCGAUGCCUCCAUUGCCUGCCCGUUGAUUUUGUCGGAGAUCUAUCGUGACAUGGCUUUGGGAGUGCAGAACUUCGUCCUGUCAGACUUCCCACAGAGCCUGAAGCAGGAUCCGGGUGUGGACCUCCUCCUGUGGGUGCUGGUUAGCACUUACGGGCUGGGGGUCCUGUGUGGCUGGUUCCUCCGUGCCUUUUGGGGAAAGCUCCUUGCGCCAAUCGGUGCAGAGCCGACCCAAUCUGAGGAGGAGAGCUACAUUGGCUGGUUCCGCAACACCAAGGAGCUCAACAACAUGGAGACCAUUGACGACGUGGCAGACUGGGCCGGUCUUGAGGGCCCUUUGAAAGAGGGUCUCCUCAAAGAUCUCGGCACCCCGACGAAACUCAGGGACAUUGCAUUCAUCACACGCCCGGUGUGGGACGCAGCACUUGUCCUCCUGAGGGUACCGACAGCACCAGCCAAUCCAGGCGACCCACCAGGUCAACGUGAACCCACACCAGUGGAGGGCUCGAGGCUGGAAAUCUUUCGACGGGUGGUGAUGCUCCGGAUGCAGAUGACGCCCGACACACCGGGGGAUCCGGGUAUACAACGCCCUGGGGUUGCUACAACUCCGGCACAGCCCCUGUCCAGUUCACAAGGUUCCCCAACGAGGAAGAUCAAACUGUCAGUGGUCAUUGACCCAACUCUGGACUCAGAGGUGGUCCAGUUGGAACAGACCGCUGUCAGUGCAAUGUACGCCAAGUACAAAAGCAGGUUCGGUGAUCACCCAUCGCCGGAGGUUGAGCCGAGCAUCGACCAAUUGUCGGCUUUGGCACAACUGUUGAAGGCGAACGCCACGCCAUACGUGGACAUGUCACUGUGGGGGCCACAUGGGCUCAGAACGCUGCGUAAAGCGGUGUUCAAGAGCUACGUGUUGAAUGCGGCAUCAGGGGAAUGGAGCAAGAAAGAAGCCCCUGGCCCAGAGAGCAUCGUCGCCUGGGAAAAGUGUUUUAAAACAUACAAGGUGGCGAUGGUGCUCUUGGAGGCUGCGGACCCCGAGAGGCUCGAGGCCUACAUGGAACACGUCAAGGAGUUCCACAAUCGCUUCGGGCCAGCAUGCUGGGGGAUCAUAUACCGUGCAGACACCCGCAUGCGGUCCGAGUACAUGGAGAGAAUCCGGCGCUCGCUGGACGAUGACCCACGGCAUGGGUAUACACCCGCCAACCCUUGGGCUGCCAUCUUCGCGGAAGCGGUCCGGGAGCAAGAUUUCUGGACAAGGGAAGUGGUGACCCCAAGCACACUGCUCUUGGCCCGCAACAAGUCCAUAGCCUGUGGGCUGAGCUCGGACUCCUCGAUUGAGUCGGCCCCAGAUCGGCCAUCGCCGAAGAGGAAGAAGUCCUCGAGCCCGAAGCUCAAGAAAAAGAAGGCAAAGAAGAAGUACACGGGGGAAGACAAGAGCAAGUGGGACGACAACAACAAGGUCUUCUCCCUCAACCGCAAGGGCCUUCAGAUUUGCAUCAAGUUCAACAAGGGGCAGUGCGGCAAUGGCAAGCCACAGUCAAGUGCAAAGCGCUCCAAGCGCAAGAAACAGCCUGAGUCGGAUCCCAGCGCACCGCCCGAAAAGAAAGGGCGCAAAGAAGAAAGCCCCGAGGAGAGGGCUGCGGCAUCCUCUUCAGGGGUGAAGCUGGUUCCAAGAAACCAGAGACCGUCCAGGUCACCACUGCAAAGAAAGCGAAGGCCAGUGCAGGCCGCACCGCAUCGGCAGGGGCCAAGCCAGCUGCCCAAGCCGCCAAGCUGGCACCCGUACCGGUACGGGGCGACAAACGUCCCGCCAGAACAGUGGGACCACAGGCCCAGGGCACUGCUGCUGUUCAGCAGCAAGUCCAGGGAAGGCGACAUCGCCAGCUAUCUUGCAGCAGGAGGAUGGAUAGUGGUGGUCGUCGACAUUGUGGGCCCCACCACAUGCGAUGUUCUGGACUCCGACAAUUACAGGCUCAUUCUGAAAGAAGUUCAGGAUGGUGUAUUCGACUGCGUGGGUAUUGCCACGCCUUGCGAGACGCUGUCACCCCUCAGGGAGAAUCCCCCAGGCCCCAAGCCAUUGAGGGACCUGGCUCAUCCUGAGGGCCUCGGCCGUAAGAAGCUCUCAAAGGCCGAGCAACAGCAGCUCGCUCAAGCAAAUCAGAUGUUCGAGCUGUCCGCGGAGGCGGUCAAGUAUCAGCUCAGGGCUCAUCGGUCGUUCUGGCUGGAGAAUCCUGACCAUGGAUCCAAACUUGACUUCUGGAAAACGAAGUGGGGCAUCGGCAUCGAGAAGCACGCACUGGUGCUCAAGGCGGCCUUCGACCAAUGUAUGUUCGAUGCAGAGGUCACCAAACCGACCAAGCUGGCACACUUCGACAUGGACCUCACCGAGUUGAGAGGCAUCAGGUGCACACAUCAAAACCGCACCUGGACCAAGCCUGACGGCUCAGAGUACAAGGCCAAGCACGAAAGCCUUGUGCAGAGGUGGCGCACCAACGAGGGAGGCAACAAAGAAAGGGCAUCCAAGGCAUUGGGAGCAUACCCACCGAGGAGCUCCCCUGAAAGGGGGGCGCUGAAGGUCCAACCGGGCCGCAUCUGGAAGACGCAAGGCGAAGCCAUAAAUGAGCUCCUCCUGAACGCAGCCACCCAUCCAGAAGCAGUGCGCAUCACAAAGGCACUUCUGGGGGGGCAGAAAACCGUGCCCCUCGACAAAGCGUUCGUCGACAAACUCAGAGAGCUGGUGGUGGGCUUGCUGGCUCCGGCCGGCGUCCAACUACCCCAGAAGAGCACGAGGGCGUCAACGCCUAUCUCGGCGGAGGUGCUUUGGGCCUGGGGUGAAUUCACAGAGGACCCCGACGCCAAGCUGCUGGCCACCUGGAUGAGAGAAGGAGCCCCUCUGGGCUAUUCACAACCGAUACCCUGCACAGGGGUAUUUCCCAGGGUCACAGGACCACAUUGGGAAGAGGAAGCGGCGAAUCAGCUGGCCAGGCAAUACGAGGGAUGGAAGAAUCACCCAUCAGCUGACGAAUGGCAGGAAGACCUCGCCAGGCUAGUUGCAGAGGCUCAAGCAAAAGGCUUCAUCUCCCUGUUCGACACCAUGGAGGAGGCCGCAACGUACCUCGGCCGUUGGCCGGUACUCAACAAGCUUGGCCUUAUCGUGAAAGUGAAGGGUGACAAGAGAAAGGCCCGACUCAUUUGGGACCUACGUGAAUCAGGGGUAAAUGGACUAUGCUCUCAGGGCGAGAGAAUCAUACUGCCCAGGCUAACCGACGCAGCGGCAGAUGCAGUCGCUAUCCUCAGAGCCGGGGGCACACCAGUAUUCUUCGCGAUAGACAUCGAGAACGCGUUCCACAAUGUUCCGGCAGGGGAGGACAAAGCGUUCACGGCAGCUGCCAUUGAAGUGAACGGCCAACAGAAAGUACUGGUGUAUGACGUGCUCGUUUUCGGAGCAGUCUCGUCACCGACUCUCUGGGGACGCUUCGCCUCGUGGCUGGGCAGAACUUUGGCGGCCGUCAACCCGGCAGUGGCCUGCCAGAUCUAUGUCGACGACCCCAUCAUGGUCUUCGACUCCAGCGACCCGAAGGGGGACAAACAAAUCACGGUCAGCAUCCUCUGGGCGGCCGUGGCGGGUUUCCCAAUCAAAAUGGAGAAGACAGAGUCAGGUCAUUCAGUGAAAUGGAUCGGCGCAGAAAUGCGCAUAUUACAGGAGGACAGGGCGAUUUCCAUAACCAUUCCAGCCGACAAGGUCUCGGAGGUUGUGGAACGCAUCACGAAAAUUAUGGCGAGACCGGUAGUGGGCAAGAAGCAAUUGCAAUCGCUAGCCGGUGCACUGUCAUUCUUCGCAAGCGUCGUCCCAUUGAUGCGCCCGUUCCUGGGGGGCAUCUGGGCGGUGUUAGCGACUGAUGAUGGCCCCUCCAGGGCCAGAAAGCUCGUUCACACCAAACGGAUUGCCCACUCCAUGGAAUGGAUCCUCGCGCUAUUGGAAGAAUCGACUGUACCGUUCACUCGAGUGGUGAGGUCAGUCAAACCUAACUCAGGUGCCAUAAUCAUAACCGAUGCCUCGACUUGGGGCAUGGGCGGAGUGCUACUCAUGGGAGGGGCGGCCAUCGAGUAUUUCAGCUGCCCCAUGACCUUUCAGUUCACAGUGAAGACAGGAGCCAUUCCCGGAAUACCAAAACACAUGGCACUCUGGGAGGCUCUCUGCCUUCUCUUGGCGGCCCGCAUCUGGUUAGUGCGGUUCCCCAUUGGCUCAGUGGUCCGUGUAAAAGCGGACAACAUAUCGGCCCUUUACCUACUCGCGAAGGGUAAGGCCAAAUCACCCGAACUGCAGGUGGUUGCCAGGGAAAUAGCACUCGACCAGGCCAAGGAGAGAUAUGAGGUCACUAUACUCCAGCACAUCAACACCAAGCUCAACAUCACAGCCGACCCGUUGAGCAGGCAACACGACCCAGUGCCGCCUCCUUUUCCUCAAGAUCGCCUCGGGGAAGCCAAACGGAUUCCCAUCGAGGCAGCCAGCUCCGGACCCCGGGAGUGCAUGGAGCACAUUGCCAAGCGGGCCCGUGCGGCUAACUCCCAUGGACCAACAUUGUCUAGGGAGCGCACCUGGGAAUCCGUAGCAAAGGCAGCCGGGUACGAUCGCGCUUUUGAUCUCGUCCCCGACCUGAUAUAUUCUGUCAUGGGGGCCCUGGACAAAGCAGGGUACAGGUCAGCCGAACUGUACCUCGAAGUCGCGAAGCAAAGGCACAUCGAAAAAGGGCAACCCUGGACGGCACAGCUAGCGCUAGCGGCUAAAUGCGCCAAGCGUGCGUGCCAGCGGGGCAGAGGGCCAGCGAAGCAAGCUCAACCCUUGCCCUUGGCCGAUGUUUCCACUCUCACCGACGUAAGCAACCCGCUUGCGCCAGGGGGCCCGGAAUGGGCCGUCCGGUCAACGGUGCUUGCGUCCUGGUGGUUGUUGAGGGAAAUUGAAGCCAGCAACAUGCUGCUAGCGCACGUGCAAGUGGAUCCUAGAGAAAAGUUAAUAAAAUGGAAUUUGCCGUCCAGUAAAGCAGACUGGCGCGCGUUGGGCGCCACUCGCACCCACUCAUGCUCCUGCGCGGAGCAAGGAAGCCCAGCACUAUGUCCAUACCAUCUCAUGGUGGAACAAGUGAAAUGGGCCAAAACAAAAAGGCAUUCGUUCCUCUUCUGUACAGAAACCGGCGCUCAGACGACCAAGUCAGGCUGGGCCGGCACUUUUGAGGCGAUUGCCCAAAAGCUGAAGCUGAAAUUGGUCGGCCCCACUGGGCUUCGACUAUUCACAGGCCACUCAGCUAGGGCCACGGGAGCCGUACACAUGGCUCGCACCCAAAUCGAACUUUGGAGAAUCCAAUUGUUUGGUCGCUGGGGAUCCGAAAUAUUUAAACAAUAUGUAAGAGACGCUCCCCUCGAACAGCUCCAUGGUUUGGCCCAAGAAGUUUCGCUCAAAGCAUCCCUAGCAUCAGCAAGGGCGGAGCUAUCGGCCAUUCUGGCGGCCACCAAAGAAGCCACGGCAGCCGCAACCGGCCUUGCCCACCAGCCGGUUGAAGCCUUGGCUGACUGCGAGGCGGCAGCAAUCAUCGAACCUCCGGCACCAGAUCCACCGGAGAAUGAUGUACUUUUUGUUAGAAACCGCUCGUCGAGAGGCAAAGUACACUUGGCGGCACGCCACGGAAACACUUUGCCACAUUACCUGUGGCGUACAAAGUGCUUUUGGCAUUUUGCCCGUGGCCAAGCCGACUAUGCCCUUCUCAAAGAAGCGCAGUUCCUGGAGUACCGCGUGAGCUGCAUCACCAAGACCUUGGUCUUAGAUUUUUCCAAGGCCGAUGCCGCGGAUCUGGCGUCCAAGGGACGGGAGGCCGCGCUGGAAGCGGAGCUCAAGGGCAACUGCUUUUUCGGAGCAGAGACCAGUUCCAUGCUAGAAACCUUGAAGGCAGAGCGCAUUCCUUGCAAACUUUCGGAGAUGCAGAUGGGUUCUGUGGUGGAAAACACCUGGAAGAAGCUGUCUGUGAAGGUCCUGCCGUCUUUGACAGUGAUCCUGGGUCUCCCUGGCAGCGGCUGCGGCACCUUGGCGUCGGUCUUAGGGGAAGCGCCCCACACGGAGGCGGUGGAUUGCAACGAGCUCCUGGACAAGGAGCUGGAACGACGUACUGAGAUGGGCCUGGCCAUGCACAACAUGUUGGCGAAGGGUCAGGUGGUGCCGUUCUCCAUGACUUUGGAGCUCCUCAAGGGAGUGGCCAACCUGACCUGUUCCGAGAAGUUGGUGAUCCAGAAUUGCCCUCAGUAUGUGGAUCAGAUUGAAAUCAUCGAGAACGAGUUCCGCAUCGAGAAGGUGUAUUACAUCCACGGCAGCGAGCAGGCCGAGACCCUGUGGGCCGAAGAGUAUGGCAAGAAGGGUGAAAGCGCAACAGCCUCGAAGAAGUUCAGCGACCUGCAGAGCCGCCUGCCACCCAUCGUGGCGCAUUUUGCGCGCCUGGGGAAGUUGGAGAAGUUUGAGGUCAACGAGACGCCCAGCAAGGAGAAGCUUCAGCGCCUGUUGGACAAGUCCAAAAUGCCGCAGUUUGCUAUGGUGAACAGUCUAUCACCUGUGCUGAGUGCCCAGCAGGCGAAGCAGUUGGCCGCCACUUAUGGUGCCACGAUGGUCACCAUGGAGACCUUGAUGAGCGCCGCGGGCACCGAGGCGGACAGCUCUAAGGAGGUGACGAUGUUGAAGCAGUACAUCCAGAGCGUCUCCAGUCCAUUGGUGGUGCUCCAAAAUUUCCCCAGCGUUGACUCGCAAGCCCACAGCUUCCUCGAAGCCUUUGGAUCACCGAAGGUGGUUCUGGACAUUGAGUGUGACGAUGAAUUCCUGGAGGAAGAAUGGAAGGGUCUUCACGAAGACGAUGCCUUCGACGCCGAGCAGUUCGCUGAGAUGUUGGCGGGGCAACGGCAAACACGGGAGACCACCGGCAAGGUCUUCAAACAGCUUUGCCCAGGAAGCUGCCUUUCGGUGGAGAAGAAGUUGCUGGAAACUCCCGAGUUGCUGAAAGACACGGUGGCUCCCAAGCUUUGGCCGUCGCUGGGGCGAUUUGUUGAGGGGGCCUGGCGGAUGGCCAUGGCUUGGUGUGGACAAACAUGGCUGGGGGAGACCAGCAUUUUUUGGAGGACAGUCUACAUGAUCUUGGCACCCAAUGGUGCCUGCAACUUUGCUAACUUGGUGGCACAGACGAUUUGCACCUCUUCCACUGCGGGAGGCCUGGAGGACGCGGUGCCCGUGAAAUACACCGUGGUGGACGCGCUGGCCAUCUGCAAACGCUCUUCGGCGAAGCGGCGAAGCGUGGUUUGUGAGCUCUUGGGUGGCGGUCAUGAACCUGCUGUGGAGGAUGCUUUGGGCAAGGCAUCCUUCAAUGCCAACACUCCAGACAAUUUGCCAAUCAAGGUUUGGGCGGAACUGUUGAAGGAGGCCUUUAUGACGUCAGCGAAUCCCAUGGGCACCUUCCUAUUGACCAACUUCCCUACGCCCAGCUCGAUUACCAACAACAAUGUGCGAGACCAGUUGGCAGUGGUCGAGUCACUGUCCACCCUGGCGGGCAUUUUGCACGUGAAGGUGGGAGCAGCUGCCUAUGCUUGUUUCUGUGGCCCGGCAUGGGCUGAAAAGCAACCGGUCGGAGGCAGCACCGAGCCAGAGUCUUUGACGGCCUAUGAGGGUGACGAUGACAAGGUGCAUAAUCAGACGCUGGCACAGUUCGGACCUGCCUAUCUCAUGGAGUGCUUGAUCCAGGAGGCCACCGAUGGCCCCUUGGCAGCGCAGAAGGUGGCGGCGCAUUUCUUCAAGGAGCUCAGCGGCCGAGAGGCGCUGGGGAACUGGGCAAAGCUGCAUGAUGAAUGGGUUAUGUCUGGGUUAUGUCUGGGUUAUAUUUGGUAUCUUUUCGGAGUCAAACCUUCCAGUUUGCUUUGGAACAUGAAUGAGCAGCAUUUAAUUAGUUCGAUUACCUUGCAACAAAUGUGA